GAUGCUUCGAAGAGGGCCACUCUGGACGAGGCCUUACGCUCCGCCCCAUUGGCAGCGGCUGCGGCCGCCGUGGCCGCAGAGCACGGACUACGGCUGGAGCCGCCUCCGGGUGAUGUGUCGAAUGGCCUCGUCGAGAGAUUGCGGCGGACGAUGCCUUCGCACUGCCAGGAGGAGUACGCCGAUGAUUUCGAGGAAGACGAGAGUGACUAUGGAGACGAUUUCGAGGAUGCAAGCGGAAGCGACAGCUCUUACGCGCCGGAUUUCGAAGCCGCCAGCGACAGCGAAGAGGGCAACGACACGCCCGGCUGGGAGACGUCUGAG